CCCUCCCCUCCAAUUGACACCCAUCGAGACAACCAACGACGCACUUUCUUUCCACGUCACCCUCGGCCUCCUCGCCUCCUUCACGGCCUUCGAUUGAAUUAUCUCCCUCCAGCCCACAAUGUCCUUCGACGCUUCAGCCUCAUUAUCCAUCUCCGAUCCAAACGCCCGCGCCCUGAGCUCCUCAUGCUUCGACUUCCUACUCAUCGAGCUGGUGCCCAUGGCCGAACGUCUCGCUAAAGACCUAGCUACACAAGAUAACCCUGAAGAUGAAGAGGUUCGAGAGUCUACAUAUUUUCGUCUGGAGUCCCUGGGCUACCGGGUGGGACAGGGUCUUGCGGAGAGAUUCUCCCGAGAUCGCCCCCGAUUUACCGAUAACCUCGAUGUGAUCAAGUUUCUCUGCAAAGACCUGUGGACGGUACUUUUCAGGAAACAGAUUGAUAAUUUGAAAACAAACCACCGAGGAGUCUACGUGUUGACGGAUAGCGCAUUCCGGCCCUUUGCCAGAAUGAGUAUGGCUGUGCGUGCGGAAGCCGUAACGAUGGCGCAAGCAUACCUGUGGUUUCCUUGCGGUAUCAUCCGGGGUGCUCUCGCCAACCUGGGCAUCAAUACAACCGUACAGGCGGAGACAUCCGAGCUUCCAGGGGCAACGUUUCAAAUCAAGACGGUGCCGGCUCGGCCUUGAACUCGCAUUGGAAAUGGAACUAGGAAAGCCGGGGCUGGAGCCAGCGCCAGAGUACCCGGGAAUCACGUAAUGUCUAGGCAGGCCUGGACCACGACGUCGCGGACUUGCAUCGCUCCAUCGGCAACUUUACGAUACUUGUCAAAAGCUGGGCUCUCCUGCCGGCAGGACCCGACAAGAGUCCCGCUCAGGUCCAGGACACCCGCUCCAUCACGCUGGAGAGCCUCUUCGGCCGUGGGGUACGCAGAAAAGAACUCUAUGGAGGGAAAUCUUACGAGGAUCAAGGCUUGAAAUGGAUAAUCUUAAUUCUU